AUGUGUUUCGGACAUAACUGCCCUCGGAGCAAUAAGAAAUGGCCUCGACUGGAUAAUUUUCGCCAGCAUCUCGCCCGAAUGCAUAAUACCGAGGACACGGAGGCGUUGCUGAGAAAGUCGCAAGAAUGGUACGAGAAAUGUGUAAAGCCACAUGACAUAGUAUCGCCAUCGCUUACCGACAAUGUGUCGGACUCAGCAAUGCCUUUGCAGACGCAACAGCUUCUAGAGUCGGAACAGUUUGUCCAGGGCCUUAAUCAAGAACUUCUCGAUCCGAUUACCCAAGUUCACGCUGCUGCACAAGCCUCCGAUAUGCCUACAUUAGACUCAAUCAAGCGACUUGACGAAGACCAUGAAAUGCACGGGAUUGAGCACUUCCCGCAACAGCCUGUGGAGCUGUCGGCGCGAGAUUUUCCCCUAGAGCGAUCCCACCGAGAGAAUCUUGAACCAUCCCAGCUGGCCAAUAACAAGGUUGACAAUACGCGCGACGCAGUAGUAUCGAAGGGAGCAGCGGGCCUGGUAAAGAUCUUAAUGAGGAUGGCCCCAGAGCAGGAGGGCGAAUUAUCGGGUCAAACGCGAGAGGUCUUCCAGGACAUGCUGCUCAAGGCGUUUGAUAUGCUUUCGCUUUCGGAAGAUUCAGUUGGCACCGCGGACAAGGCGGGCUGGAUUCAAUGUGAGUUUUGCCCAAAACAAACGCGUCUACGCUGCGAGAUGAAAAAACACCUAAAACGACACGAGCGACCAUACGGCUGCACAUUCUACAGCUGCGACAAGAAACUCGGUAGCAAAGAGGACUGGAAACGCCACGAACUGUCACAGCAUUAUGGAAUCCAAAGCUGGCAAUGUACACUACCCGACCCCGCGCAGGACGGCGUACCAUGUGCGCGCAUGUUCAACAGACAAGAAGCCUACGCGCAGCACUUGAAGAAAGAGCAUCAAGUCGACGACGAUGAGAAGGUACAAGCCUCGGACUGCAAGCACCGUCUUGACUGGAAUGGAAAGUUCUGGUGCGGGUUCUGUCGAGAUAUUAUACAUGUUCGAGGCGAGGGCCUCGUCGCAUUGAACCAGCGGUUCAACCAUAUUGAUAUCGAACACUACCAGAAGGGCGGGCGCAUCGAAGAUUGGUUCUUACCGUCGGGUCAUGUCACCAAGGGUGGAGGGUGCGAAGACGCCGCGCAUGAUCUACGCGAUACACACCACGAGGACGAACCUAUCAUGGAUGAUCGCAGUGAGAUCGAGUCUGUAUGCAGCAGCGUCCAUCCAGAUCACGAACAUGCCAUGUCAAUGUCCGGGACUUGCUCCCAGCUCCAAGCCCCGUCGUUGAUCUCGACGCAAGCCGGCAAUCCCUCACUACAAGUGCCAAGUUCAACAGUCCUACUCGAUCAACCCAACCAACGCAAAAGAAAAUUCCACACCAAGCGCUCAAUGCAAAGCCUACCCCACUGCACUGCGUCUGGAACGACGGUGCUAGAGAAGAAAUCAAGAACUCAAACUCCGACAACGCCAAGGGAACACCCUGUACAACAUUGA